CAUGCAUUCAUUAAUUUGAGCCACAUGGUUCGAGCCCUGCUGCUUCAAGUUGUAGGUUGUGUAAACUUUAGCAACGUUCAUUGUGAGAAACUCAAUCCCUGGACUCUAAGAGAGCGAGUAGUUUACUUUAUGAUGGGAAGUGUGAUAUUUCUUGUUAUGUUCCUACAGUAAUGAAUCUGUCUGCGAUUGAUUUACAGACUUAUUUCUGUUUCAGCGGUCCUGUCGCACAUUGGUUACAUGUACAUUUAUAGAUGGGGUGGUGGGAAUCCGUAGACUAUGCGUAGUAUGUGUGCAAGAAAAACUUAGGCUGAAUAAUGUGUAAUGCUAAGAGCUGCUGUCAAGACUAAUUAGAUGCUAGGUAAAUAAUGGAUUCCAGAUACAGAGGUCAUCCUUGAUGAUCCUUUUGUGAUCACAAUCCGGGAUAGAGGAGACUAUGAAUUGCGUAGCAUGACAUUACCAAAAUGCUUACGACAACGGAGAGACUGUUGUAGGACUCAAGGCUUGGUUAGUCGUACCAGAAGAGAGGAGAGGGUGUAACUGGACAUAUCACAAGUGAGUGGGAUGGCACUGAAGAGGAUACAGGUGGCAAUGGUUGAAGUGCAGUUGGACACAGACUACAAAUAUCCACAGGGACUCCUUAUCGCUUUCAGUGCCUGCACCACAGUUUUGGUGGCUGUCCACCUCUUUGCUCUGAUGAUCAGCACCUGCAUUUUGCCACACAUUGAGGCUGUCAGCAACAUCCACAACCUGAACUCUGUCAGUGAGUCACCACAUGAACGUUUGCACCACUACAUUGAGAUGGCCUGGGGCUUUUCCAAUGCCCUUGGUAUCCUUCUGUUCCUUGCAGAGGUGGUAUUACUGUGUUGGGUGAAAUUCAUGCCUUUGGGCACUGGUAAAAGUGAGGCACCCACUUCUCAGCCAGCUACAGGGGAGGGGGCACAGCAGGGUUGGAGUGCAGCCCUUGUCUCCACAAUGAUCAUGGUGCCUUUUGGACUGAUCUUCAUCAUCUUUGCCCUGCACUUCUACCGUUCACUUCUGGGGCACAAAACAGAUCGCCAUCGGCAGGAAUUGGAAGAACUGAAUAAAAUCAAAUUUCAGUUGGAUGGUGAGAACACUGUAGUUCAAGUGUGCUGAGCUGGAAAAACUGAAUCAAAUCAAAUUUUGGUUGCAUGAUAGUGACACCAUAGUUCAAGUGCUCUGGGCUGGAAAUAGUAGCCCAUAUAGACUGGAAAAAGGAAAGCCAAAAUUUAUGAUUUUGUUUACAUAUUUUAUGUGCUGUUCUAAAAGUCAGUACAUUGCUACCGACGUGCCAUUUUUAUAACUGCAUAAUAAUUGCAGUUAACUUGAAAUCUGAAAACACAAAGUGCCUUGGAAACGGACAGUGUAAAAUACUUAUUUGUUAGAACAAAAACACAUUACAUUUCAAUCAAUUAUUGCUCAUGUGACAGAAUGCUGUAGAGUUUUCUGUAUAUUUAGUAUUUUGUAACAUGAACUUUGUUAUCACUUACUGAACUUUUUUAGACUGGGCAGUACUGUAACUUAUACAUGGCAUACUGCUGCAGGGUAUAGUGUUCUGUUAUCCCUAAAAGGAGUGUAAAGUUGGAGUUUUUGUAAUAAAGGCAUUUAUAUCAAACAAGUAGUCUGUUAGAACAGAUCCCAUUACUGCAUCAAGUUCACACUGUGCGCACCCUGUGUUUAUUAUAAAAUCUUAUUUAAAGCCUAUUUUUCAUUACACUUGUUUAAUUCUUUAGCUUUUACUUCAAAAUAUAACUCAGAACCGUACAAAAUAAACCACUUAAAAUAUUCAGAGAACAUAUUGAAUGUGUGUAGUACACAAAUCUGUUUGUGUGGGGACAUAUGGGAUAAACAAGUCAAGAUUGUUAGCUUGCAGGAUGUCAGAUGUUCAAAGUACAUUUUGGUUUCUGAUAUGUGUUUUGAAUUACUGUGCCAUAUGUAAUGCAGCCGUAUAAGUCUGGAACAGCCCACUGCCCUUCUCCACAUUGUUAAUUAACAUGAUAUAAUUAUAUUGUCAAUUCCCUGGUAGAAUGUGAUAAUUUCUAUUUGCCUAGAACAUCACAGUUGUAUGUUGGGGAUGUGCUCUUUUUUUCAACCAUACCCACUGGCUAACAGAGUGUUUGUAAUAAAGGCAUGAAAAUUGUUCUUUACUAAAAUUUUCGAUUUGUAAAAGUUUA